CGUCAAGUAGAUUCAAACUUAAAUGAAAAAAGUGCAAAACUUAAAAAGUUGGAAUUAACGGAAACGGAAAGGCACCUCGUUCUUUCAAGAAGCCGAGAGACUGAGUUUGGAAAUCCGUUUACG